AUGCUACAUAUCUAUGUGAUUUGUGGUUCAUGGAAAUCAGGUACAGAUAAGAAAUGGGUUUUUGUGGCUGAUGCAGAAAAACGAGCUAGGUUAGUUGUUGUUGAAUCAAAUACGACUCUCGCAGAGUUAGAAACAAUGGUUCAAGAAGACUAUGGAGUAGUCGAUCACAAAGCUGAGUUUAGUUAUCUACCGAGUGAUUUGAUUGAUACUGUAGGCUCUCCACCAGUGAGUAUCGCUAAUGAUCGUCAGCCCAAAAAUUUUGUUGGGUACUCUAGGAAUAAAACCUCGGUAAAUCUGUGUGUGACAUUCACUGCGUAUGCUGAACAUCCUGAGAUUCCAAUUAACAUCGAAUUGAUGAUGAAAGCCUCUGAUUCAAGCUGUAUGAAAAACGAUCAGGUUGUGAAAUCAGGCGAUGAUGAUAUUAGAGGCAUUGGCCAUAAAGUUGAGGACGAGUUUGAUGAACCCGUUAUGGUUGAGAAAAAAGUUGAUGGUGAGCAGAACGUUCGGCUUAACUUGCUUGAUGUCGUAAAAAAGGAUCAAAUUUUUAGAAGCAAAACAGAGUUGAAGGCUUCUUUGGAAAUUUCUGCGAUGAAGUAUAAUUUUGACUACAACGUACUGGAAUCAACCAAACGUGUGUGGUGUAUCCGCUGCAAAGAGAAGUCAUGCAACUGGCGUAUUCGUGCACAGUGUCUUGAAGGGUCAGAGUAUUUCAGAAUCAAUAAGUAUGUCGCUCAACAUACAUGCGGUCCUUCUAAUAAAGACGUAGUCGGUAGGACAGCUUCAGCAAAAACUAUUGGUAAUCUGAUUAAGAAUAAGUUUGAGGGUGCUAAUGCAGGACCUAGCCCUAGAGAAAUAAUUCAUUUUAUUCGUACAGAGCAUGGAUGUGACAUCUCUUACGACCAUGCUUGGGAAGCACGUGAGUAUGCGAUUAGUAUUGUUCGAGGCAUUCCCGGGAAAAGCUAUGCCAAAAUUCCUAAAUAUUUGCACAUGCUGAAAGAAGCGAAUCCAAGGACCCAUACGCAGUAUGAAACUGACAUUACUGGACGUUUCAAGUUUCUGUUCCUCUCUUUCGGUCAAUCAGUACGAGGUUUUUACAAAGCUAUUCGCAGAGUGAUUGUUGUGGAUGGGACAUUUUUGAAAAAUAAAUAUAAAGGAGUUUUGCUCGUUGCUACAGCAUUAGAUGGCAACUCGAACUUAUAUCCGAUCGCAUUUGGGGCUGUCGAUUCAGAGAACGACCUGUCUUGGGAGUGGUUUAUGAGGCAACUAAAAGUUGUCAUUGCGGAUGAGGUGCGUUUGGCUUUUGUGUCAGAUAGAAAUGUUUCUGUAAUUAAAGCACUUGAGAAAGUGUACCCACAAUCUAGCCAUGGUAUCUGUAUCCACCACUUGCUGAAUAAUGUGAUAACAUUUUUCAAGACACAGGGUUUGACUGGUUUGAUUGCGAAGGCUUUUAAAGAGUACAGAGUUUCUGCUUUUGAUACCAAGUUUGCUGCCAUUUGUUCUAUUAGUCCAGCUGUUGGAAAGUAUCUUCAGGACGCUGGUGUUGAGAAAUGGGCACGAUGCAAAUUCCCCGGAUUUAGGUACGAUAUUAGAACCACUAACCCAGCUGAGUCGAUAAAUAAUAAAUUGCUAACUCCUAGAGAGUCCCAAGAUACGAGCGUCCCAAGGAUCACAACGGUCUAA